AUGAGGGCCGACAAUAUAUCUAUGCAGGGAGGAGGAUACUACAACGAGAACUCUACUCUUCAAGGACAAGCCAUAGAAAAGUCACUAGAGCUACUUGACCCUUCUGCUAAUCGGGGUCCAUCAAUAACCUUGGCUGACUAUGGCUCCUCUGAGGGCAAGAACUCUGUUCGGCUUUUUUCGCAGUACCUAGAAAGGAUCCCUUCCGUUGCAUCAGCAACAUUGAUCUUCAAUGAUACGCCAUCAAACGACAUCUCCAGUUUGACGUCGACGAUUCAUCAAAACUGGGACAUCCUCUCACAAAACGGGAAAGUUUCCAUAAAUAGUCUAUUGUCUCCGAGGUCGUACUUUGAGCAAGUUCUGCCAGAUGGCUUUGUUGAUGCUGCGUUUAACUUUACAGCUCUGCAUUGGCUGCGCAGCAUGCCUGAUGCAUCUUCAACCCCCUCGUCGCUAUCUACUGCGGCUCACGUGGACUUUGUCGACUUCCUUCUAGUGCGCCAUAAAGAAAUACGCCCUCAUGGAACUUUGACGAUUUGUGUUCCCAGUGACGGUGACAUCAGCGUUCUGCCGACAUUUCGAUGCUUCGAAACCAGUCUUCGCAGUCUUCAUGACAAAUAUCAGGUCGACCCAAUGAUCGCAAGACGGCUUCCUAUGUACUUUAGGACAUCGGAGGAGAUACUGACAUCUAUCGCCGCCGUCGACAAGAAGUGGGGCCUCAGGAGCCUUCAUACCCUACCACUAAUGCAUACCUCAUGGUCACCCGAGGUGAUUGAGGCAAGCUCUGACGAAUUUAAAGCGGCUGCUCGGAAGAGAUACACAGAUGCCGUUGCCGGCUUCGCACUUGCAGCAUGCUCCCAAUUCUUCAUCGAUGGUCUCAAACCUCAAGGCCACCGUGGCUCAAGGCCUGAGGAAGAGGCGAUACGUCUGAAGGAGGAAUUCAUGACGGACCUAACUACUACAUUCAAAAACGAAUUUCUCCUUACGCACUGUAUGGAUAAGGUUGGUUUCACAUAUACGCUGCUAGAGCUGGAAAGAUUGUGA